AUGCCCGACUACACGUACAAGUCCUCUGGCACCAACUCCCAGGGCAACCACUACUGCGCCCGAGACUACGGAAGCAGUGCGUCAAACUCCAACUCGUACCACUACUCCAACACCGAUGGCUCGUACUACUAUUCCAAUCCCAACGGUAGUACCUACCACAACAAUGGUAAUGGAGGAUCGACAUAUACCUCGGCAAGCGGCUCAAAAACCUCGUCAAACAGCAAGUGA